GAGUUCGUAAGCGCCAUUGUGAGACGAAAAAUAUGUCGUCGUCCGCCGUCACUACCAAAACGUCCAAGUACACCUACCGCUCGUCCGGUGGUGGAACCGCCGAUGUCAGCAUCGAGUACAGUGCCGAUCUGAGCGCUCUGUCCCGACUGGAGGACAAAAUCCGUCUCCUGCAGGAAGACUUGGAGUCGGAACGUGGUCUUCGUCAAAGGAUUGAACGAGAGAAAGCUGAUCUCAGCGUGCAGGUGAUUCAGCUUUCGGAGCGUCUCGAAGAAGCCGAGGGUGGUGCAGAGGGACAGCUGGAAAUCAACCGCAAGCGUGAUGCCGAGUUGACCAAGCUGCGCAAACUUCUCGAGGAUGUGCAUCUGGAGUCGGAAGAGACUGCCCAUAUCCUGAAGCGAAAGCACCAGGAGAUUGUCAGCGACUUCAACGAACAGAUCGAAACUUUGACAAAGUCAAGGCAGAGAGUCGAAAAAGAAAAAUCGAAGCUGCAAGCAGAAAUCUACGAGCUGCUGUCUCAAGUCGAAAGCAUCUCUAAGGACAAGCAGAUCAGCAUCAAGACGAUCGAGAAGCUCGAGGUCCAGGUGACUGAGCUGAACAUUCGCAUCGAGGAGCUGAACCGCACGAUCGUGGACAUUAGCUCGCACAAGACGCGUUUGUCGCAGGAAAACAUUGACCUGGUCAAGUCGGUCCAGGACCUGAAGCUUAGUGUUGAGAGCAUCUCGUUCUCGAAGACUCAGCUGAACUCACAGCUCGAGGAGGCGAGACGCCGCCUGGAGGAAGAUGACCGUCGCCGCUCAAUGCUCGAGUCCAGCCUGCACCAGGUCGAGACGGAACUGGAGUCCAUUCGUCUGCAGCUGGAGGAAGAGUCCGAGGCCCGCCUGGACCUUGAGCGCCAGCUGGUUAAAGCAAAUGGAGAGGCCGGUACCUUCAAAUCCAAGUACGAAGCCGAAUGCAUGUCCCGUGUCGAGGAGGUCGAAGAGAUCCGACGCAAGUACACGGUGCGCAUCACCGAGUCGGAGGAACACAUCGAGUCGCUGCAGGCCCGCCUGAGCAAGCUGGAGAAGGAAAAGAGCCGUCUGACGAGCGAAAUCGAGGUGCUGAUCAUCGACCUGGAGAAGGCGAACAAUGGCAUCCGCGAGUACACCAAGCGCAUCGAGAUUCUCGAGAAGACAAACAUCGAAAUCAAGACCCGGCUAGAGGAAACGAUUGCCCUGUACGAUGCGUCGCAGCGCGAUCUCCGCCAAAGAACUGCCGACUUCCAGCGCUUGUCGCACGAGCUGGACAAGACCCGUGAGCAGAAGGACCAGCUGGGACGCGAUAACAACAAACUGCAGAACGAGCUGCACGAGUCACGCAGCACUGUCACCGAGUUGACGCGCCGUCUUCACGAGUAUGAAAUCGAGCUGCGUCGCCUGGAGAAUGAACGCGAAGAGCUGACUGCCGCGUACAAGGAAGCUGAAGCCGGCCGCAAGGCUGAGGAGAAGCGGGCUCAGGCACUUUCUGCUGAGUACGGCCAGUUCCGCCAUGACACUGAGCGUCGUCUGUUGGAGAAGGAUGAAGAAAUUGAAUCUAUUCGCAAGCAGACCAGCAUCGAAAUCGAACAGCUGAAUGCUCGUGUCGUCGAGGCGGAGACCAAGCUGAAGAGCGAGGUCCAGCGUAUCAAGAAGAAGCUGCAGAUCCAGAUCACCGAGCUGGAGAUGUCCCUGGAUGUGGCCAACCACACCAACAUCGAGCUGCAGAAGACCAUCAAGAAGCAGUCGCUGCAGCUGACCGAGAUGCAGGCUCACUACGAGGAGAUCCAGCGACAGCUGCAGUCUACCGUCGACCAGUACGGUAUUGCUCAGCGCCGCAUCCAAUCGCUCACCGGCGAGCUGGAGGAGAUCCGCGUCAACUACGAUUCCUCGCUGCGCGCUAAGCGUCAAGUGGAGGUGUCGCUCGAGGACGCAACUACUCGUAUCAACGAGUUGAGCGUGGUUAACGCCAACUAUGCAUCGCUCAAGGCUAAGCUGGAAACCGAACUGCAGACCCUGGCCGCCGACUACGAAGAAGUCACCCGCGAGCUGCGUGUCAGCGAUGAACGCUACCAGAAGAUUCAGGUCGAGCUUAAGCACACCGUCGAGCUUCUGCACGAGGAGCAAGAAAGAAUUGUUAAGAUCGAAGCCAUCAAGAAGUCGCUCGAAGUUGAGGUUAAGCAACUGUCUAUUCGUCUGGAAGAAGUCGAGGUCAAUGCCGUGGCCGGUAGCAGACGCAUCAUCAACAAGCUCGAGGCCCGCCUGCGUGACAUCGAAGUCGAACUGGAUGAGGAAAGACGAAAGCACGCCGAAACGAUCAAGAUUCUGCGCAAGAAGGAACGUUCGGUCAAGGAAGUGUACAUUCAGAUCGAGGAGGAUCAGAAGAACAUUCAGAUCCUGCAGGACGCCCUGGAGAAGGCCAACCAGAAGAUCGCUGCCUACAAGCGUCAGCUAACCGAACAGGAACAAUGCUCACAGCAGAGUGUCACCAAGGUUCGCCGUUUCCAGCGAGAGCUCGAGGCCGCCGAAGAUCGUGCCGAAGUGGCUGAGAGCAAUCUGAGUAUGGUACGCGCCAAGCACCGUACGUUCGUCACCACCUCGACUGUGCCCGGAUCGCAGGUCUACCUGGUUCAAGAGACCACCCGGACCAUCAACGAAACUUCGUCCUAAAUUGUAGUUACGUCCCUUGCCUCCAGAGUGCUGCCCUACCAUUGGCCGAACGGUCGUCGAUACUGGAUGAAUGCUAGACGGCAGGAAAAUCGGAAAUCGCAUUCAAGCGUCCCACCCAAGUCGGCCGCAUAACAAGGAAUCCCACUCUGGACACAGCACGCUGCCUUAUUGGUUCAUUUAAUUAUUUUACCCGUUUUCCUUCGAAUGCGUCCUUGUGUACGUGUUGUGUUUUGCAGAAUUUUUGUGUCCUUUUUUAUCCUUUUCCUUAGCUCUUUACCACUUUUGUUUGUUUCCCGUUUCGUUGUGUAUAGUUGUGUUUAACAUUUGCGUCUCCCUCGUACAUUAAUUUUAUCACGAAA